UGGAAGAAGAAACACUCUCAUCGGAAUUUGGUAUAGCAUUAAGGGUUAGAGUACAAUAUUUGGGAUCAUUCGUACUUUUCUUUGAUGAACAUGAUUUUAUCGAAUUAAUCAGAUUGCCUUUUAUUACUCUUCAAAUUCAAGCUGGAAUGUCAAAGGAAAUAGUAGUCUUAAUUUUUGCUUUCUCGGCCAUUAUUGAUUACAUAGAAGAAGGAGAGAAAAAGAUUAGGCAGUUGCCAACACAAAAUUUUCAGGAUCUUAUAAAUGACGC